UAUUCGAGCCGCCGCUUGUCUGAUAAGAACAAGACCAUUUCAAUGUACCACUUGAUAAGACCAGAGUAAUGUCAUAUGCUGGAUAUCAAUACUCAAACCAGACUGAAAUAAAUGCAUAAUAUAAAGAGCUGCAAAUGUUUUGUGUUGGAAAUAUGUACUCGGUUCUUUUCAUUACCUUCAUAUCUUCAUAGAAUUCAAAUUAUUCUACUUCCUUCUCCACAUUGUGCGCAUCUGUUCUCUGAAAGCAAAAUCAAAAUGGUCUUCGGUAUUCUAGAGCCAGCUUCAAACAUAACCCCAUCUGGUACCAAUCUCAUAGAAAGUCUGGAUAAUGCAUCAAACCCAGAGGGAGCCGGAACACAAGUCAUCCUCGUUCCCAAGCCAUCCGGAUCACCAUUAGAUCCAUUGAAUUGGCCUCGACAUAAAAAAGAACUUCUCUUUGCAACAAUUGUUUUCGGAGCAUGUGCAGCCGGCUCACUUGGACCUGUUGUUGUGCCUGGUUUCACUGCUGUCGCCGUAUUACUCGAUGUUUAGUUAACGGAUAUGGCCUUCUGAACGGGAGCUUGAUCAUGACUCUCGGCUUGAGCGCGUACCUAUGUCCUUACACAGCCGAAGUCUAUGGAAAGUAGAUGGUAUAUCUUGUUACAACAAUUAUAAUUGUUGCCGGAU